CGUCACCAUCACGUGACUGGUGCACCAGGCAACAAAACGGGGGUCUCUCCAGGCGGCCGUGAUCAGAUGGACUUAGGGUUGUGAGGCCGACCACCAAACGGAGGAAUCCCACAAGAUAUAUUUCACUUUCAGACACAUUUCAAGAAACCUCCGAGAACCAACUUACCCCUUUCAUAGAAGGCAGAAUAAUUCCCACCAACAAACAAAAAAAAAAGGAUAGACAAGCGAACAUUAAAGGUCAGAAGCAGAGCAAAUAUUGAAAAACGAGAACUUUUUUGAGAAUCUAGUUGACAAAACGACGUAAGCACACAAAAAAAUCAGCCCCCUAAAAUCAGUCCGAAGAAGACGAACAUACCGCUGACCUCAGAGAAGAGGAGAAAGCUGACACCUACCAGUAAAUAGGACACCAUAGAGAUCAGCUGAUCGUGGUAGAUGAAUAGCUAACUCACUCGGCUGUGCUUACUUACAAGAAAGACCCGUCUCCCAUCUCAUUUCACCCGGAGAAAGCAGGCAUCCCACACGGAACGCUUUGACUUAACCAAACAAUAAAGCGUGUGAACGCAGGAAGAAAAAUAAUAAGUCAGGCAGAUAGUGAAACUUGGACGAGCUUUGGAGCUUUUUAGCUGAGCAGUGUGAGACUGGGUGUUGUUUGUUUGGAAAGUUUAGGAAUAAGCCAAACAUAACAAAUAUCAUCGAGAUGGUGGCAGUACGGCUGGCUGUUGUGUCCCUUCUGCUGUUGGGUUUGAUCCGACCAGGUCUGGGGCAAGGCUACAUCAAUCCGGGACAGCUGCCCAACGGUCAAGAAAGAUACGCCACCCCGCUCUACUGCUCCUACACAUUUCAUGUGCAAGUGCAGCCCAACUGAGCAGUGCGGACUGUCGAGAGCUGGCACAACUACCAACCCAACCACCAACCCACCUACCACUGUCACCACUCAGGCACCAACGACUGCAACUCCUACAACGACUGCAAUCCCAACUACAACUGCUGCUCCUACUACAACUGCGACUCCUACCACGACUGCAGCAUCUGCUACUACUGCAGCUCCAACUACGCCUACGACUGCUACAACAACUACAGUUCCUACCACAACAACUGCAGUUCCCACUACUGCGACUACAGCUCCCACCACUACCACGACUGCAGCCCCUACCACCACCACGACCGCAACCCCAACUACCACCACAACAGCGGCGACAACAACACCACUUUUUGGAAGAAUCUCCGGCACUUCUCAGUCUCUCUGCCCCUCCCCCUCUCUCCGAGUCCUGAACGGCCAACCGGUCCUGAACCAGUGCACGUAUGCUGGCGUGGCCCGCAUCAACAUCCCUACAACCGGCGUGGACUCGUGCAGCGCUGUAUUCGCACUCACCACCGUCAAUGGCGUCACGCAGAACGCUUUCCUCACCUCCAAGGGAUGCACGGACGCCAUUGCCCUCAUUCUUAACGACACAGCUGCGCCCAUCAUGGUGACGCCGGAGCCCCAGUCUACUGCAAAGCCUUCAGCAACGGAGAGGAUAUCCUGAUGGGCGUCACUGGCUACUCAACUACGUGUGGGGGGACCUACCGGGUCGCUGUCAUACCCUACCUACAGUCAUAAACGUUUGAGUAAUAAACGUUUGAUGCUGUACCGUACAUACAGUAGUAAACGUUUGAUGAUGUACCGUACCAACAGUCAUAAACGUUUGAUGUGUACCGUACAUACAGUAAUAAACGUUUGAUGCCGUACCGUACAUGCAAUACUAAGCGUUAAAUUUGUUAUUAUAGUACCGUACACACAGUAAUAAACGUUUGAUCCUUUACCGUACAUGCAAUACUUAGUGUUUGUUAUAAGACCGUACAUUCAGUAAUGAUCACUGAUAUACUGCACGUUUAUAGUGUACCGUGCAUACAGAACAAUUAGCGUUUGGUAUAGAAUCGUUCGUACAGCUAUUAGCAUUUUGUUAUAGUACCGUACAAACAGUAACAAGCUAUCUAUGAUUACCGUACUAAGAUUAGUAAUCGUUUACUAGUACAUUGUAUUUACUAUAAUAACUGAUUGUUGCAGUACCGUACGUAGAGCUAGCUAUAAGCAAUGGUUGUUGUACCGUACUUAGAAUAAUAAUCGAUCGCUGCUUCAUCGUUUGUACUUACAAUAAUAAUCGAUCGCUGCUUCAUCGUAUGUACUUACAUUGAUAAUCAAUUAAUUGCUGUUGUACCGUACUUCCACUGAUAAUCUUGCUAGCACUGAACAAUAAAAAUAAUUUAUGAUUCUCCAGUGUGAAUGUUUUCUGCUUAUUUGUAAGGGAAUCUCUUGGGAUUUUCAUGUUCGAAGUAAAAACCAACCCAAUGCACUGGUGGGUUUUCUCACAUAAUUUUGGCUUAUCACAACCCACACUUAACCAACUAGAACUUUGGGCAGGGAGAACUGAGUUGUUUUAGUCUAAGUAUAACAAUAUUAUAGAAAUGUUACUUUCAUCAUCUAGAAUCUAUAACUGUUGAGAGAAUUUGUCGCUUUUUGAGCACAAGGGGACUAUCCCGAAAAAUGCUGUUAUUAGAAAAUCGAAGGUAAAGUUUUUUGGACACUGGUUCAGUUUCUUUUUAAGACAAUCUAGGGUUUUCUUUAUAACCAAACAAAUACACACACCAAUGAAACCAAACUUCUCCUAUAGGUAGAGCAAUGCCCACUUUUGGUGUUGGUCAAGAUUCUUGGAAACCCCUGAAAUCUGGGUUAGCCAGCUCGACCUUAAAAGCAACCAAUUAUUGUACACAGUGUUUAAAAAGCUUCGUUUUGGAAACAAGAAGACGUGUGGUGAUAAAGAUCUUGAUGCUAUAGUGAUACAUAUGUCCGUGUAGGUUGUGUAGUGCAGCAUGUUGACAGGAAGAAAUGGAAAGGUCGUCUAUUGAAAAUUUUUAAAAUAAUAAUAAAAUUUUAAAAAUACAUA